AUGCCUCAAGGUGAUCAUAUUGAAUUGCACCAAAAGAGAUUUGGUAGACGUUUAGAUCAUUAUGAAAAAGUACGUAAGAAGCAAGCUCGUGAAGUACACAAGAGAUCAGCUAUAGCUCAAAAAGUAUUUGGUCUUAAAGCCAAAUUACUUAAUAAGAAACGUUAUGCUGAAAAAGCAGAAAUGAAGAAAACUAUUGCUAUGCAUCAAGAAAGAAAUAACAAGAAAGCAGCAGAUAAUAAGGUUAAAGAAGGUGCUGUUCCAGCUUAUCUUCUUGACAGAGAAAAUGUUAGUAGAGCUAAAGUACUCAGUAAUAUGGUCAAACAAAAAAGAAAAGAAAAAGCAGGUAAAUGGGAUGUUCCAUUACCAAAGGUUAGAGCAAUUAGUGAAAAUGAAAUGUUUAAAGUUAUUAAGACUGGUAAACGUCAAAAGAAAGCAUGGAAACGUUUAGUUACUAAAGUUACUUUUGUUGGUGAAAGUUUCACUCGUAAACCACCCAAGUAUGAACGUUUCAUUCGUCCAACUGGUUUACGUUUCAAGAAAGCACAUGUCACCCAUCCAGAAUUAAAAUCAACUUUCUAUUUAGAUAUUUUAUCAGUUAAAAAGAAUCCACAAUCACCAACUUAUACUCAAUUAGGUGUUAUUACCAAAGGUACUGUUAUUGAAGUCAAUGUUAGUGAUUUAGGUUUAGUUACCCAAUCUGGUAAAGUUGUUUGGGGUAAAAUGGCUCAAGUUACAAAUAAUCCAGAAAAUGAUGGUUGUAUUAAUGCUGUUUUAUUAGUUUAA